UCGCAGGAGUACAACCCCUACCGCGUGGAGGAAAUCGUGCUCAAGAGGCGGAGUGGCGGUGUCCGCACUAGUGCGGCCGACUCGGCUGCUGGUGCGGUCGGUGCUGCUGGAGCUGGCGUUGUGGCUGCGCCCGGCGUGGACUUGAGCCGCCCGCACCGCCAGGAGCUGUGCUGCCGCUGCCGGGGCCGGCGCCUCUCGUGCGACCACACGUUCAGCUUCAAGUACCUGGUGUAGGGUCAC